AUGGCAAUCCAAAAUACUCCUUCCGCGGGAGAUCUCCCAACCCAACUGCUUCAGGCCCUGUCGAUCCAAAGCCCCCUCAUAUCCUCUGAAGCCUUCCCCGCCGUCCCAGCGCUCGAAAUCAAGGCAGCACUCGACCGUCUCGCCUCGCGAUCCAUGAUCACAUACCAGACUAUCGACAAGGAGGAAGUUAUAUUAGAGCCAGAGGCAGAGCAGAUUGCUGCCCAGGGUAGCCAUGAAGCUCGGGUUUUCGAGGUGGUGCGCCAGGCUUUGGAGGGGUUGACGAUCCAGGAAUUGGAGACGACCAUUGGCGACAAGAAUGUGGCCAGCGUUGGCAGGGGAAGGGCCUUCAAGGAGAAGUGGAUUGGAAAGGGCAAGGACGGAAAGCUGGUUGCUACAGUCGACUCGAUUAAGGAUACCACACAAGCUUUACUGCAGCAGCUGAAGGAGGGAAAAUCCGCCGAUGCCACGUCGGUCACUGAUCUCAAGAAGCGCAAGCUGAUCAAGGUGCAGAAGGUCUUGAAUUUCAAGUUGGAGAAGGGUGAGAAGUUUGCGUUGGAGAUGGUCAAGGAGGAAACCGACCUCACAUCGGAGAUGCUCGCCUCUGGUGCAUGGAAGACUGCCAACUUCAAGCCCUACAACUUCAACGCUUUGGGAGCGGACCAGGACGCUGGUUCACUGCACCCUCUCAACAAAGUACGCCACGAGUUCCGACAGAUCUUUUUCGAGAUGGGAUUCGAGGAAAUGCCUACCAACAAAUUCGUCGAGACCGGAUUCUGGAAUUUCGAUACUCUUUUUGUGCCCCAGCAGCAUCCCGCCCGUGAUCUCCAAGAUACCUUCUUCAUUGCCGAUCCCAAGGUCGGUGGCAAGCCCGAGGCAUUAGUAGAGGGACAGGAUCCCGAAGAGUACUGGCAGAACGUGAAGGAGGUACAUCAGAAUGGCAAGUACGGGUCUAUCGGUUACAAGUACCCCUGGUCUGCCGAUGAAUCCCUGAAGCUGGUCCUUCGAACGCACACCACAUCAAUCUCAACAGCCAUGCUCUACAAGUUGGCAGCACAGAAGGGCCCAGACGGCCGCCCACCUCCAGCCCGAUACUUCUCGAUUGAUCGAGUGUUCCGUAACGAGACUGUGGAUGCUACGCACUUGGCAGAGUUUCACCAGGUAGAAGGCGUUAUCGCCGACUACGGACUGACGCUAGGAGGAUUGAUGGAGUUCAUGGAGCUUUUCUUCGCCAAGAUGGGAAUCACCAACCUGAAGUUCAAGCCAGCAUACAACCCAUACACAGAGCCCAGUAUGGAGAUUUUCAGCUACCAUGAGGGAUUGGGCAAGCUCGUUGAGAUUGGCAACAGUGGUAUGUUCCGACCAGAAAUGCUGGAGCCCAUGGGACUGCCAAAAGAUAUGCGCGUUUUUGGUUGGGGCUUGAGUCUAGAGCGUCCCACGAUGAUCAAGUACAAAAUUUCCAACAUUCGUGAGCUGUUAGGCCACAAGGUAGACUUGAGUUUCAUCAAACGCAAUCCUGCUGUACGGCUGGAGAAGGAGUAG